AUGGAUUGGCAUAAAGUUGCAGUAAAGGCUCAAAGCAGAGCCCUCGACGCCAUUCCUCAGUCUUGGAGGCUACCGUCCGAAGUGUUGCCUACCCAGCCAAAAAUCAGCGUGAUCGAUAUUCCUCGAACAUGCGGCCUACUCAGCGCUCGCCAACUUGAGAUCACUGAACUAACAGCAACCGAAUUGCUUGCUCAGAUUGCAGCAGGAAAAGUAUCUAGCGUUGAGGCCACUGAGGCUUUCUGCACUCGAGCGGCUAUUGCUCAUCAGCUAGAUCAAUACAAUGUCAAAGGAGAAGUUUCCACUUUGGGGUACAUGAUAAACCACGAUAAUGUUGCAACGGAGGAUGCAGCUAUCGUACGUACCAUUCGAAAUUCCGGAGCUGUCAUAUUUGGAAAGACCACCAUGCCACAGACCGGAAUGGCCGUUGAAACGACGAGUAAGCUUUGGGGGACAACAAAGAACCCCUACAAUGCCCAACUGGUGUCUGGUGGCUCUUCUGGUGGAGAUGGUGCACUCGUGGCCAUGAAAGGAUGCCCCGUAUGUCCGUCCUCGGAUAUCGGUGGCUCAAUCCGAGUACCUGCAGCUUUCAACGGACUGUACUCGAUCAGACCCAGUGGAGACAGAAUCUCAAAGACAGGCGUGAUUGCCACCCUUGGUGGACAGAUAUCGAUCAAAACUUCUUGCGGCCCAGUCUGUCAUAGCCUCGCCGACGUGAAGCUUCUUGCAAAAGUAGUGAAUGCAUGGCCUGAGAUGCAGUUUGAACCAGGAGUUGUGCCUAUGCCUUGGAGGGAGUUAUCUCCACCGACCAGAAAAUUGAGCUUUGGGCUUCUUGACUUCGAUGGUGUCUGCAUGCCUCACCCACCAAUCAUACGUGGCUUGAAAGAGACAGCAUCGAAACUGAUAGCCGCUGGCCAUGAAGUGGUACCUGUCCAGCUGCCCUUCGACUGCUGGAGGGUCGCCCUGACUACUUGGGGAAUAUACUUUCAGACGGGUGCUGUGGAGUUGAAAGAACGGCUUGCAGCAGGAGGAGAGGAAAUGCUCCCAUCCCUAGCAUACCAUCUCAAAGCCUUCGAUAUCAAGCCAUUAUCAGCAGCCGAGGCAUUUGCUCUCAAUCGCGACAUGAUGGAGUACAAAACUCUCAUGAGCACCUACUGGAAUUUAUCACCAGGUUCCUCGCGACCUUUGGACGGGAUCAUCGCUCCAGUCCACCCGUCCGCGAGCUAUCCUCAUAAUUUCCCGUCCUGGUGGGGUUACACUUCGCUUUGGAACAUAUUGGACUAUCCUUCCUUAACUCUACCACUGAAGGGAUUCAAGAUUUCGCCUGAAGUAGACGCAAAGGAUAUGAAUUACCGACCCUUAGACAACCCGUUCGACAAGCCAACCUAUGAUAUGUAUGACCCACAGACCUUUCAAGCUCAACCAGUUUGCAUUCAAUUGGUCGGGCGACCGUUUCAAGACGAGGAAAUCACCGCCGUUGCUGAAGUCGUAGAUGCUGUCGUCAAUGGAUGA